AUGGAUGAGCGGGAACUAGCAAUCGCGCCCAUCGUGGGUGACAGUAUGCAGCACAACCACAGGACCAUAUCCAACAUCCGCAGCCUAACAGCCUCUCUUUUCGGUGUCGCGGCCGGUACUCUUGGUCUGGAAUCCUACCCCGGCUUCAUAUUCUACCUCGUCGGUACCUUCAUAGUAUCUGCCCUCAUAUUUGCGUUACGUAUGGAUGGCCAACCUGGGAAAUACUUCUAUCGGCCACUGAGCGAGUUCUGGAUUGGAGACGUCUUUGGGGGAGCAAUGAGCUUUAUAUUAACGUGGACACUGUUCUUUGGUAUUGUCCAAGCGUGA